CCACAUGAACCCAGCCAGAUCAAUGUAGGAGUCGUCUCCCUCCUUUGUAAAGUCGACAAAGAGAUGGAGCACAGUACCGAGCCAGCACACAGGAACGACUCAUCAUCAAUCAUCCCAAGAAGCCUACAUCUGAAGUCACCGACCGACUCUUUGAUUCUUUCUAUCGAUCGUCAAUAAUAAUACAAGCAGGAAAGAACUCAGAUGAUCAGGAGGCGAUAUUAGUCCUCCUGUUGCUAGUGGUUGUGGCUUUGGCUCUUGGGGGAGAGCUUGGGACUAGAAGAUAUCCGCAGAUGGAGUUGACUCGCAGAAAACACUGGAAACAUGCUCCUUUUGCGCCUUCCUCCUCCUCCUUGUCGCAGUCCUCGUCCUCUGCUCCUUUCAGGUGGAGCGAUGGCUCAUCUGGCAGCGGCGAUGACGAUUUGGUAGAGAAGGAGCACAUGUUCGACAAGGUGGUGACGCCGAGCGACGUCGGCAAGCUGAACCGGCUGGUUAUCCCCAAGCAGCACGCCGAGAGGUACUUCCCGCUGGACGCGUCGGCCACCCAGAGAGGGCUGUUGCUCAGCUUCGAGGACCGCAACGGCAACUCGUGGCGCUUCCGGUACUCCUACUGGAACAGCAGCCAGAGCUUCGUGAUGACCAAGGGGUGGAGCCGCUUCGUCAAGGAGAAGCGGCUAGCCGCCGGGGACACCGUCUCGUUUGGCCGCGGUGUCGGCGAGUCCGGACGCGACCGGCUUUACAUUGACUGGAAGCGGCGGCCUGAGAGACUUGACCCAAUCCCAGUGCCACGAAUCCCUCUCCCUGGAGUAACCUUUGCGAGGUCGGUCGGACCAACGGGCGGACACCUCUACAUGCUACCUGCGACGACGACGGUGUACGGCCACCACGGCCAGGGUUACGGCUACAAUAUCGCAAGCAUGACUGCUUUGGAAGGGCAGUUUCUUUACUUCCCACCUCCAGUCACCGGUCGGCCGCCGAUCGAGGUGCAACCUGGUGGCGGUGGUGGCCUGUCGAUGGUUCUUGAUCCGGUGCCCGUCGCCCACAGCCAUGCCACGGCCAGGCACGUCAGGCUGUUCGGGGUGAACCUCGUGUGCCCCGACGCAGAAGACGAUGGCGGCGUCCGCGGUGUUACAUCAUCGAUCUUGCUACAGUCGCAACAAGAUUCCGCGCUCCCCCUCCUCUCACUCCCGCUGCAGCAGGACACAUUGGUUCCGUCCUCGUCGAUGAUCAAGGAGCAGCAUUCGCCGUCGGAUCUCGACUUAUGAGGAAGUUGGAGGGUACAAGAAAGGUUAUUGCCAUUGCCUUACGGAUCAACUGGGAAGGACACUGGAAGACUAAGUUGGCCACAGUUUUGUAGGUUCUUCUUUCCUACUUUUAAGAAAUUGAAAGAACAGAAGGAGCAUCCAAAUCAAACCUCUUUUUCCUCCUCAUAGUCUUCUUUUUCCAUUUGUACAUAUACCGAAAACAUAAAAGGCUGAUAAGCCUGCCUAGGAUUCUAAAAUCCAUGCUUGGCUCAGUGCUUCUGCUUUAAGCUCUGAUGAACUUGUUGAUUAAUGUUCUUCUUUCUAAUUAAGCCAGGUUUUCUCAGCUUCAACUAAAAUGGGCAGAGUUCCGGAGCAAUGGAGAUAGAAGAUGGGUCAGCUUUGCUCUUUUGGCAAAUGAAUUGACGAGUUGUCGCUGUACUGAUAAGCACACACCAAAGACACUGGCUGCUGGCACUGUAUGUAUUCUUAGUUCUACUAAGAUGUUUUUGGUGUUGCUUGUCCAAAUUUUAGGGUUUGACUGGUCUAUUGUUGUUCUUACUACUACUCACAAACAAAACAAGAUUACAACAAAGAUAAAAUAAAUGCAAAAGUUGACGAAUGGAGAAUAGUUAAAAUUUUUCUUGUCUUAUGCAACUCCGAUGGCAAGAAUAACCUUACAUGUCUAAUUGAUUGUAUCAUAGAGAUUUUGUUGGAUGCGAAUCAUUAUCGGCUUUUUAAAUUUCCUCCUUAUAACCAUGUGUUGACUAAACAUGUGGAGUUUUUCCUACCGUGUAUUUCUAUCAUAGAACUACAGUUCUUAGAACUCUUUAUCCUCUUCUAAAGAUCCCAGUAACUCAUCUGCACAUGCAACUAUUCAUUUACGAGUUCAUAGGUUGGUUAUUUAUGCAUCAUUGCGUGCAACCAUAUCAAUGUUAAUUCGUGGUCUCUAUCAGAAUCUGUGAUUGUAUUAAC